UCGUCGUCGCAGCAGCAUUGUUUUUUUGUGGUUCGCAAGAAAGCAGACUUUUUACACGCAUACAUAUAUAUCUACACACAUAUACAUAAUAUAUAUAGUGUAUAUAUAUAUAAUAAAAAUACUUUGUUUUAACCUGUACAUACAUACCACCACAUACAAAGCAAGAAGCGAACAAAAAAAGAAACCGUGCUAAAAACGCCGAAAUAAGAGAAAACAAUCCUCAAAAGUGCAAAUCAACGAAACGAAUUCAAAUUUCGAUUUUCAUUUAUAGCCCCUCCAAACACAAACAAAACAAAAGCAAAAUGUCUUCGGAAGUGAGCAGCGACAACCCAAUCUACGGCCCCUUCUUCGGUGUUAUGGGAGCAGCGUCCGCUAUUAUCUUUUCGGCUCUGGGCGCCGCUUAUGGCACUGCCAAGUCUGGUACCGGUAUUGCUGCCAUGUCAGUGAUGCGUCCUGAACUGAUCAUGAAAUCCAUCAUUCCUGUGGUCAUGGCGGGUAUCAUUGCCAUUUACGGUCUGGUCGUGGCCGUGCUGAUUGCCGGUGCGCUGGAGGAGCCCUCAAAGUACACCCUAUACAAGGGUUUCAUUCAUUUGGGCGCCGGUUUGGCGGUGGGCUUCUCUGGCCUGGCAGCCGGUUUUGCGAUCGGCAUCGUUGGUGAUGCCGGUGUGCGUGGUACAGCACAGCAGCCAAGACUGUUUGUCGGUAUGAUUCUGAUUCUCAUUUUCGCUGAAGUGUUGGGUCUCUACGGUUUGAUUGUGGCCAUUUAUCUGUACACGAAAUAAAUCAAUCGACCAACAACAAAUCAAGACAACAAACACACAAAAACAACCAGAAAUAGACAAACAACAACAUCAACAACAUGCCCAGCAAUCAAAUACAAGCAGCAGCAAGCCAACAACAUUAGCAGCAGCUACAGCAACAACAACAACAAUAAAGCAAACGCGCAAGUAAGAACCACCGCAAGACAAGGAGAAAGAAAAUGCGCAUGCGCGGUGGCAACUCUGGCAGCAGCGAUUGUGUAUAUAGCAAACAUCAGAUUUAAUAGCAAAAACAACUAAUUAUUAUUAUUCUUAAAUUGCUGGUGCGCCUCUGGUUAAGUUUAGUUUAUCAUUAGUUUUCCGUUCAAAAACAAAAACAUCAACAACAGCAAGGAAACACAAUAACAACAACAAAACAAAUCUAUCUUAAAAGAUUUAAACAAUUUUUGCAGUUAAGUUCAUAAAGUUGUAAUAAUACCAUUUUUAUCAAA